GUGGGGAUUCCCGAGGCCGUGGCCACUACCCGGCCUGCCCCGCGGCAAGAUGGCGGCCUGAAGUUCCUAUAGCAGCAUCUGCCCCAAUUUCAGCUGAAGACUCAGGGGCCCCAGGGACUGGAAGAAUCACAGUGCCUGCUUGGAAGGAAGAAGAGGUAGCGACUUGCCCAAGCCGAACCCCAGAGCGGGCUUUUUACUGGUAUUCUCCUCUGCGAUCCACGUUCUCCAAAUCUCUUAGUUGUUUCCACUCUGAAAAGCCUGGGAGAUGAGCAGGACAGACAUGGGGUAGAAUCGGGAUAGGACAGGACCAGACCCAUUUCCGAAUUGGGCACGUGGGAGCUGUUGACCAGAAGACGUGGAGGGCUGUGGGAUGCAGCGAGCCGAGGGCUAACUCCCUGACAGCGGAAAGGAGCGAGCUGCCGGCAAACAGACGCAGGUCGAGGCGCCCUCACCUCCCAGAAUGACCAGUGCAGCCCCUGCUAAGAAACCCUAUCGUAAGGCACCCCCCGAGCAUCGGGAGCUGCGGCUGCAAGUUCCUGGAUCCCGGCUUGAGCAGGAGGAGCCCCUGACUGACGCAGAGAGGAUGAAGCUGUUGGAGCAGGAGAAUGAGGAGCUGCGCAGGCGCCUGGCCUCGGCCACCAGGCGCACCGAGGCCCUGGAGCGUGAGCUGGAAAUCGGGCAGGACUGCCUAGAGCUGGAGCUGGGCCAGAGCCGCGAGGAGCUGGACAAGUUCAAGGACAAGUUCCGCAGGCUGCAGAACAGCUACACGGCUUCCCAGAGGACCAACCAGGAGCUGGAGGACAAGCUGAACGCGCUGGCCUCUCUUAGCCACAGCUGGAUUUUUGCAAUCAAGAAGGCGGAGAUGGAUCGGAAAACCCUGGACUGGGAGAUUGUGGGGCUGACCAACAAGCUGCUGGACGCCAAGAACACCAUCAACAGGCUGGAGGAGCUCAAUGAGCGGUACCGGCUGGACUGCAACCUGGCUGUACAGCUGCUCAAGUGCAACAAGUCCCACUUCCGCAACCACAAGCUGGCUGACCUGCCCUGUGAGCUACAGGACAUGGUUCGGAAACAUCUGCACAGCGGUCAAGAGGCUGCCAGCCCAGGCCCUGCCCCCAGCCUGGCACCGGGGGCUGUGGUACCCACCUCAGUCAUUGCCCGGGUGUUAGAGAAGCCAGAGUCUCUGCUGCUCAAUUCAGCGCAGUCAGGCAGUGCUGGGCGCCCUUUGGCUGAGGAUGUCUUUGUGCAUGUCGACAUGAGUGGGGGUGCCCCAGGUGACCCCGCCAGUCCCCCAGCCCCUGGCAGCCCCACCCCCCAGCCCAAUGGGGAGUGCCGCCCUCUGAGCACUGCUGGGGGCUCCCUGGAUGAGGAGCUGCCCUUGCCUGCGUUGGAGAAGCUGAGCCCCUACCCUACCCCGUCUCCACCACACCCGCUGUACCCUGGCCGCAAGGUAAUCGAGUUCUCCGAGGACAAGGUGCGAAUCCCCCGCAACAGCCCGCUCCCCAACUGCACCUACGCCACCCGCCAGGCCAUCUCCCUGAGCCUGGUGGAGGAGGGGAGUGAGCGGGCGCGCCCCAGCCCAGCGCCCAGCAGCCCGGCCUCAGCCCAGGCCUCGCCCCAGCACCAGCCCUGCCCAGUGCCCCCCUCGCUCAGUACCCCCGCCAGCUCCGCCAGCUCUGAGGAGGACCUGCUGGCCAGCUGGCAGCGGGCGUUUGUGGACCGCACUCCGCCACCGGCCGCCGUGGUUCAGCGCACAGCCUUCGGACGGGACACACUCCCUGAGCUGCAGCAGCAUCUUGCUCUCAGCCCGACUGACAGGGUUGAGGAGGUUCUGGCACCUUCUUCCCCACCGGGUGAGAGAGGGCGUUUACUGCCAACAGACCCUGACUCUGGGCUUCCCAGGGAAGACGAAGAGGAAGAGGAAGAGCUGAACCUGCCCCUCAGCCCCGAGGAAGAACAACAGAUGCUGCUGCCCAGUGACAGUGGCACAGAGAAGGGGCCUGGCACGUGCCACACCGAGGGCAGAGCCUGGGCACUCCCCAGCGCCGGCCGUCCUCAGCGCAGCCCCAAGAGGAUGGGGGUGCACCACCUGCACCGCAAGGACAGCCUGACGCAGGCCCAGGAGCAGGGCAACCUGCUUAACUAGCGCCUGCUUGCCUUCCCGCCACUGCGCACUGGGCCUGCUGCUCAGGGUCCCGCCCAGCCGAGCCCUGCACAGCCGCCUUCCAGGCCUGCACAGCUGGUCCCGUGCAGGGAGGGCCAGGCGGGCCACCUCAGCCCCUCCCGCUGCAUUGACUGUGACCUGCACCCCUCGCCCCAUGGUUUUUCCCUUUUCUUGGAAUAUUUAUUCUCCAAAGGUAACAUGCAGCCGGGGCUCGAGACCUGUCUUCAGAUCGGCCCAGUCCAGACCGGGCUGUUCGAGGGCACCGAGGGCUUUAUCAUAUCAGUGUUCAGCCGCCAGCCUCCUUUCCCAGCCAUGAGUUUUGGUUUUGCGGGCGGGGUGUCAUUGGGAUUAUUAACUUCUACUUUCUGUUUUCAGUUAACCGUUCUGUUUUCUGCCUGUUUCCCUCUCCCCACGAAUCCUCUGCACAAGCCGUUGCCUUCAGGGGGCCUGGCACAGUGGGCCCUCGGGGUGAGGGAGGGGGCUGACUCAGGGCUCCCCUCAACUAUUUCCUUCCCCCCUCUGGAAGGGAGUGGACGGUGGGACUCAGGGGCCUCCAGGUGGGGCUCUCGGUGGGGCCUGCCCCCCUCCCAACCUUGACCUAGACUGUUACUCCCAGCUUUGGGAAAUUUUCA